AUGCAGCUUAUCCAGUCCUUUCUUCUCGUCCUCGCUGCGUCCGUGGCGGCACUCACGCCCGCGUACAAUGCGACGCCGGCACUGCUGCCCGCGUGCACCGAGCCCGCGCCGCAGUCGUGCGCUUUCUACAACUCGUGCCUCGAGGUCGCCCACCCGUGCGGCGCGCAAGGCUACGCGCUUGGCUUUGGCGAGUUUUACUGCAACAAGUUUGCGGCCUACAAGGAUAAGUUUACGGCCAACGGCCAGCAGUGGAUGUACAACACGAUGACGUGCCUCCAAAAGAAGCUCGGCGUCGCGCUGAAGGACCCAAGCAUGACCUGCGACGCGAUCCAGACGUUUGCGUUCGACUCGCACCCCGAGUGCUACACCAACAACGGCGGCCCGAGCGUGUGCGAGCUGAGCCCGCUCAAGGACUGGACCACGGUGCUCCGCGUCGUCGGCCUCAAGACGCUCUUCAAGCUCGACACGAUCAAGAACGGCGCGUCGACGGGCAUUGUGUGCAUGCACCAGCUCCUCUCGUGGGCCAAGAAGCUGCCGUAUACGACCGACGAUCCCAUGGAGCCCAACUUGGAUUGGUUUUUGUAAA